AUGAAAGACAAACUUGUACAUGGGCAAAGCGCGAUUCAAACAGGCUCUCACAUAAUACUGCGACGAGCAAUGUUGGAGCACUGCCCGCAACCGGUCGUCAAAAGAAGAAUCAAAUCGGCGACAGGGGAGGAGGACGAGGACGAGGACUUGGGGGCGGAUAUUUUGUGCAGCUACUGCAAGGCGUCGGUCUUCGCGUUGAGCAAAAACUCAGCGGCAGUUUGA